AUGGAGAGAUGCACUCUACUGAUUCUCAUAACAGUAUCAGGUGUAUUUGCUGACAGCAUCGAGCCAAAAGAAAAGGAAGAAAUAAUCAGGAGAGAAGGAGAGUCUGUGACACUGAGCUGCUCAUAUGAUACAAGCAGCACUUAUGCUAUGCUUUACUGGUACAGACAGUAUCCACAUAGAGAACCCCAGUUUUUAUUGCGUAAAGGUGCUCGAUCAUGGAGUGGCGAGGAUAUACCAGACCGUCGGUUUCAGACGACUACAUCCCAAUCAUCUACUGAACUCACUAUUACCAGUUUAACUAUGUCAGAUUCAGCUCUCUAUUAUUGUGCUCUAAGAGUUGGAGCCCAAGCUAAAGAUGUCAUCACCCCAUACAGUGAUGCAGCAUUUGCCACUGAGACUGAGACUGUGAAACUCUCUUGUAACUACACUGGUUCUGUCGAGAGUCUUCACUGGUAUCGGCAAUAUGCAGGUUCACCACAGUUCCUCAUCCUGGAUUCCUAUGGAUCAAUUACGCAAGCUAAUCCUCCAGUUUCUGGAAUAUCCAUCAGUCCCAGAAAAGAAGAUAACAGUGUGGAUCUGAUCAUCUCCUCUGCUGCUGUAUCAGACUCUGCUCUGUAUUACUGUGCUUUGAAGCCCACAGUGACAGGAAACACUCAACACACCGUACAAGAACCUGACUGA